AUGGAAGAUGGUAAACGGCUAGAAAUAGGUGAGCUAGAAUGGUCCACCUUUGAUGAUAAUACUCAGUAUCUGACGUUUUUGAGAUCGUUGGAUAAUCAAAGCUUGAUAUCUCAUAUUAAUACCUUUAGUCAGACUCGUGAAGGGAAACGGCCACCAUUUCAAGAUAUUUCUACUCCAAAGAAGAGUUUAUCGGUUGUGGAAACUGAAAGCUUUGAUCCGUUUAAUGAUGGUCUUGAUGAUCAGAUUUUGAAUAUUUUAGGGAAAUCUCCAGUAGAUGAGAAAGGAAAGCACAGAGAUUUGCUAGGGGAGGUACCUCACAAAGACUUGCUAGGGGAGGUACCGCACCAAGAUUUGCUAGGGGAGGUACCUCACAAAGACUUGCUAGGGGAGGUACCUCACAAAGACUUGCUAGGGGAGGUACCGCACCAAGACUUGCUAGGGGAGGUACCGCACCAAGACUUGCUAGGGGAGGUACCGCACCAAGACUUGCUAGGGGAGGUACCGCACAAAGACUUGCUAGGGGAGGUACCGCACCAAGACUUGCUAGGUUUUGAUGACGCGUCUCAAAGUGAUAAAGACGAAGCAGCCAUCGGUGCUCUCCACAGCUUUAACGACUACAGUACUUAUUUCACCUCCAAGCUCAAAAAACAACAGCGUCAGGAUGAGGCUCACGUCGCUUGGGAUAAGCAACGAAGAAAACAGCAAAAUCUCGCAUCACAACCUAAACUGAUAUUCACCGGGUGUACUAUUUUUGUCAAUGGACACACGAAACCAUCAAUGAACGAAAUCCAUAGAUUGGUGAUCUUACAUGGUGGAAAGUUUCUAAGCUAUAUGUCUAACAAAUCUGCUGCUACUCACAUCAUUUGUGAUCGGUUGACCCCGAGAAAAAGCGUGAUUUACAAGAAUUGUCGAGUUGUUAAAGCACAAUGGAUAGUUGAUUGUAUAGAAAGUGGAAACCUUCUUGACUGGCAGAAUUAUAGGUUGAUUCUGGAAGUUGAGUAUGAUCAGAAAAGACUACAAUUUCCUCACAAGAAAGACCCCAUGGCUGAGGCGAGGGAGGAAAAGGAGAAAGAAAACGAACCCAAUAAACCGGGCAAGGGUGGGGAGCCAACGACGAAAGAUAAGCAAGAGGAGGAGGAGAAGGAGGAGGAGAAGGAGGAGGAGAAGGAGGAGGAGAAGGAGGAGGAUGAUGAUGAUGAUGAAAUUUUCUCCUCUCUUUUGCCCGAGGAAGCUGAUGUUCUCGAACAACUGCAAAACCUAGAGAUGCAGCGUGGCGAUGAUUGGGAGAAUGAGGAGGAUCUACCAACCGUUUGUAAGAAUGCUCCACCAGCUUCUGGUAAAGGAGUUUACAACAUAAAAGGGAAAUACGUACUUGAUGCGCGACACCCGGAUUUUUUAACUGAAUUCUUUGCAAACUCGAGGCUACAUCAUUUGAGCAUGUGGAAAGCUGAUUUGAGGUUGAAAUUCUUGAGACGGAUAAUUAAGGAGAAUCUUCAUAGACCCAAGCUUGACCCUUUGAGUGCAAAACCUUUGGCAACCAAGAAGAUUAUUAUGCAUAUUGACUUUGAUUGCUUUUUUGUAGCGGCAUCCUGUUUAAAACAUCCAGAUUUGAAUAUUGAAAAAGACCCAAUUGCAGUGGGUCAUGGUGGUAAAACAUCAGACGUGGCCAGUUGUAACUAUGUUGCACGUGAGUUUGGUGUGAGAAACGGAAUGUGGCUUGGACAAGCGCAACGGUUAUGUCCCAGUUUGAAGUUAUUGCACUAUGAAUUUGAAACCUAUGAAAAAAGUUCAAGUGAGUUUUACAAUUACCUAGUCACGAGCAAGUACUUUGAUACAAUCUUUCCCGUUUCCAUUGAUGAGGCAUUAGUUGAUGCAACUUCAUAUUGCAGUGAUUCCAACAAGAAUAUUGAAGAAACUGUUGAGGAGUUGUCUAGUUUGAUUAGGAAACAUGUAUACCAGUUGACCAAAUGCACUGUUAGUGUUGGAACGUCUUGGAACGUGUUGCUAGCAAAGUUGGCAUUGAGAAAAGCUAAACCUAAUGGACAAUUUUCCAUCUUUAAAGAUAUCAACAACAUUCUUUCUACUGUACCAAUAAAAGUUUUGCCAGGUUUUGGUAGGGGAAUUUUAGAAAAGCUAGAGCCUGAAUUAAAGCAGCACAAGGACGCCACUGUUGAGGACAUUUUAUCUUUGAGCAAGCUUAAACUAGUUCAACUUCUUGGUGAGAAGACAGGCUCUAAAUUAUACGAGUAUGCACGAGGAGUUGAUAACACAAGUAUUGAAGUUGACACUUCAAACCCUGAAGCCGUUUUGGGAAGAAAAUCAAUUUCUGCUGAUGUCAAUUUUGGAAUUCGAUUUGACACUGUUGAAGAGUUGGACGAAUUUUUUAUGCGAUUAGCUCGUGAAUUAUAUCGACGCAUGAUCAAUUUAGGAAUAAGUGGCUCUACAUUGACCCUUAAGUUAGCCAAAAGAGCUCCUGGAGCGAGUGUUGUUCCAGCAAAGUUUUUAGGAAUGGGGAAAGUGGAGUUUGUAAGCAAGUCGUCGAGAUUGGGAGUGGCAACAAAUGAUUGGGGAGUUAUUGGAAACGAAAUCAAAGUCUUGUACCGAAUGAUCAAUAUCCCAGUGAGAGACUUGAGAGGCAUUUCUGUUAGUAUGUCAAAAUUGAAAGAUGCCGAAACAGUGAAAUCAUUUAAGCAGACGAGGCUUCAAUUUGGCAAGUCCGAAAAGAUAAAAAAGGCUUCUUUAUCUGAUAGCAUUCCAUUAGAACAUCAACGUUUGCAAAACGAAUCUACUAUGAAAACCCCGCCUCCACCUUUAUCAUCUAGAACAAAACCGAGAUAUGGAGAACGUUUGAUUUUCAGCAAAGAGGCACUUGCUAGAAGAAAAAAUCGCCCUAAAAGUACCACCUUUUCUGAUCCACUCAAUAAUGCCGAGAACAUUGAUUGGCAGGUUUUCGAAUCUUUACCCAUUGACAUGCAGAGAGAAUUAGAGACUGAAUUAAAAACACGAGGUUUAUUACCGGAAUGUAGAAGCACUGUAAAGGGCAGGUCCUAUUUACAGCAGUUGAUUCCCUCGCAAGCAGGAAGCAAACCAAAGUAUGUCAGGAUAAUUGAAUCACCCAUAAAAUCUCCAUUGAAGCGCAAAAAGUCGGAAACAACCUUCCCACCUGUAGUGAAGAGACACAAUAAUAAUGUGGCUUACGAUGAAAAUUCUCAGUCUUAUGAUACUAUGAUUGUUAAUGAAUUACCUACCCAGAUCAAGCAAGGUGUUCUUAAGGAUAUGGAAUACAAGAAGAAGAUAAAAGAAUUUGAUUUGGUUCCAUUGCGUGAGAAAAUCAAUAGAAGAAUCGAAGAGGCCAGAGUCAACGUUGAAGUGAUCACUUCUGAGUGGUUAAACAAACAGCCUCGCUACAAUGAAUUGCCAUUGUUUUUGAAUGAAAAAGUGACUCUGCGACAAUUGCAGCAGAAGGUUGUUGAGUGGGUUGACUCAUCUUUGAAACAGGGUGGUCCCCAUGAAGAGGAUGUUAUAUAUUUUGGCACUUUGCUAACCAUCUUAGCUGAUAAUGUUCCAUCCAAUAGAGGUCGACAAUCGCUAGUCAAUGGCCUAAUCAAGGCGUAUGACCUACACGAUUAUUGUCAAAUAGUUCCGAUAUUAUCACCAGUUUCUUGCAAGCAAUUAUCGCAAUAUCAUGAUUCUGAAUUCGUCCACCAUUUAUUAACACUGCGGGUUGAGAUUGACCAACAAAUUGAAAACUAUGAGAGUAUCAGAGAGAGUAUAAGACGAGUGUUUCACGAAGAGGUAUCUGAAACAGAAGCAGAAAUAACGCUCAAUGAAGAGCAAGUCAAGGAAAAGGACAACCAGUUUGGGUUAGCUCAUGAUUGUUAUGUUUUCCCAUUUAUGCGUUACUAUAUUAGGUUAACAGCUGCAUCGACUGUUUGUCUUGUAAAUGCCAUUUUCAAGUUAUGGGAAGAGAAGAAAGAGAAAGAAGAAGAAGAAGAAGGUGGUGGUGGUGGUGGUGAAGGUGAAGGUGAAGAAGGUGAAGAAGGUGAAGAGGAGCGUAUUAUUGGUUUGAAUUGGAAAUUGACUUCUGGUACGAUUUUCUAUCUUGAUUUAGACUUGCACGAUGGAGACGGUGUUGCGGAAGCGUUCCGGUUUUCAAGAAAAGUGGUUACUUGCUCGAUACACAGAUACGAUAUAGGAUUCUUUCCUGGUAGUGGGGGCUUGGCUGCUUCCACGGAUGGGAUGUAUAAUAUACCAACAAAACGAGGGUUGAAUGAUAAGUCGAUGGGUUGGAUAAUUGAAAAUAUCGUUUUGCCAUUAAUCGCAAAACGUCAACCUCAGUUUUUGGUAGUACAAGCUGGUUGCGAUGGGCUUAAUACAGAUCCUCAUAAGGAAUGGAACAUGACUAUAAAGGGGUACACAAGCGCCUUGUGUAGGAUCUUGAGCAAGGUCAAGGUUCCUGUGAUCAUUUUGGGUGGUGGCGGAUACAACUUCACUGAAACGGCAAAGUGUUGGGCGUUCUUAACUGGGAAAUUGAUUGGACAUGGACAUGGACUUGAUCCUGAGUUAUGGGACGAAAUCCCCGAACACCAACAAUUGGAUAAUUACGAAAAGGACGGGUUUAGAUUUUGGACUGAAGAGAACAGUUUUCAGGGGAAAAUGAAAGAUGAAAAUGAUCAAGCUUAUUUGAACCAAUUGAGAGAUUACUUGCUCUCGAUCUCAGAAAGAAAAUGGUGA